UGCCUUCAACCUCGGUUCAUCCUGCCUUACUACCUUACUUUGGUGCCCAGCAUAAGACUCUCCAAUCUAUCUAUCUUAGCCACAUCGAUUAUGCAUGAACUAUAUCCAGCCUGAAAUCCCGGACACCCACUGCCCACGACUCGAUGACAUCCCUCCCAACAUGCCACGCCCCUCUCCCACCGUGAGAAUCGUCGAGGUCGGACCCCGCGAUGGACUCCAGAACGUCGCCACCCACAUCCCCACCUCCACCAAGCUCGACCUCAUCCGGCGACUGCACCACGCCGGUUUGCAGAGCAUAGAGCUAACCUCGGUGGUCUCGCCCCGGAAGAUCCCCCAGUUGGCCGACUGUCGCGAUCUCCUACAGCAUUCCCUGAUUCGAAGCUUAGCGAGCGAUCCGCACCUGCGACUGCCGGUCUUGGUCCCCAACUUCAAGGGAUUGGAGAUUGCGCGCUCGCUGGGCGUCGAAGAGGUGGCUGUGUUCAUCAGCGCGACCGAGGGGUUCAGCCGCGCCAACAUCAACUGUACUGUCGGGCAGGGGAUCGAGCGAGCAACGGAGGUCGCAUCCCACGCCAUCGCGGCGGGUCUGGCCGUGAGAGGCUACGUAUCCUGCAUCUUCUCCGACCCCUUCGAUGGCCCGACCUCCCCGGCUGCGGUGCUCCGCUGCGUUCGAGCCCUGCUCGACGCGGGCUGCUACGAGGUCAGCCUGGGCGACACGCUAGGCGUAGGCUCGCCCGCCACGGUCCGCGGUCUGAUCCGGGACUUGACAGACGCGGAUGUCCCGGUCGACCGUCUGGCUGGACAUUUUCAUGAUACCUAUGGCCGCGGGGCCGCCAAUGUCUGGGAGGCGUAUACUUGCGGCGUGCGCGUGUUCGACAGCAGUGUCGCCGGUCUCGGGGGCUGUCCUUUCGCUCCCGGCGCCAAGGGGAAUGUCGCGACGGAAGAUGUCGCAUACAUGUUCCACAAUGCUGGCAUCGAUACGGGGAUUGAUCUUCCCAGCUUGGUGAACACGGCGGCCUGGAUCUCGAAACAGCUCGCAGACAUAGACUCCGCCCAGGCUGCUGUCGCCGUGGCUGGGAGGGUCAGCGAGGUUGCCCCUCGGAUCAAGCCGCAGAGACUGCACAGCCACCUCCGACAUUACGAUGGGCAUUGGCCGUCGAUGCGGAUGGAAUUCAACUGCAUUGGGGCAGGAUCGAACUGAGAGUCGCGCUGCGCAGGAUAGUACGCGUGAGACGAUACGAAGUAAAGAACUCCUUCAAUGCACGAGAAUCAGUGAGAUCUGCCUAUGUUCAUAUAGGCAAAAGCGACUAGGAUCGGUCGAAUGAGCUCUUCUCAGAACAUGCAACUGGCAAAUAUGGCGCCGACGGGAUGUGAGAGUUCCGGUUUGAAGUACUGGUCACCUGGGGACACCUGUCGCCCUGGCAGCCGGGUACUGUGCAGGACAUACAAAGCACUUAUACGUCCUACACGCCUGCCUGUACAUUACCUGAUCGGCUACAGCAGGGGCAGUUCUUAUGUGUGCAGCCACGGUGGCUUCAACAAAUGGAAGAUUGUACAUACAUGUAUACGUGAUAGAUGAG